AUGCAGACCUUUCUCCUAGUCAGCGUCUUGACGGCGUUGGUGAUUGCGGUGCCAUACCCUCAAGCAACAGAAACGUCAAUCGCACCGGGUGCAACUCUCAUCUCGCUUUCAGCAAUCUUACCAAGUCCAACUGCUACAUCCCCGGAUUCGACAUCGCUAGACAUUCCGAUCACAUCGGUACCAACACCUGACCCAGACCCAGAAGACGACGAAGACCCAGAGUCCAGCUCGUCGAAGAAAAAUCCUCAUUGGGAGCCAAUUCCAAUCUUCACGAAGCCAUGUCAGUGCCAAUUGGCGACAGCUAGGUAUCCAUGCUGGGCUACCGAUGCACUACAGAGCUGUCACUUCGAAGAGAACUUCUCGUAUGGUUGUUACAUGCAAGCUGUGGGUGGAUGUCCAACACCAACACGUAUCUGUAGCAAUCUUUUCAAACCUACCCCUCGUCCCGGACCUCACCCGUGUGAACUUGGCCCCAACCCUCCUGUUCUAACAAGCACUCCCACUCUCACUGGAAUGCCGACUGCGAACUUCACUUUGCCAGUCUUGCCGACUGCAAAUGUGACAUUUCCAAGACUAUCGUUGUAG